CCAACACGGAGCUCAUUAGAGAGUGCUGCCACCUUAAACUCGAAUUCAUAUUACCCGAAGCACAGCUGUGCCAGUACGACGACAUCGCUCAAUUCUCGUCUCGCACCGACGUUUCGUUCUGGUGACGAUUCAGCAAAACCAAUGCAGCAGCACAAUCCCGAUAAUGGUGAGUUGCUUCGAUUGAUUUGCCCUUAG